AUGGAACCUGAAUUGACUGUCAACGAGACCUUCACUGUUAAUGACAUACAUCUCUGCUAUGAAUCAGAUAAUGCAUCAUACAUAUUUACAAGCAACCCUUCAAUAAUAUGUGUAUUAUUAUAUAUUUUACUUGGUUCAUUGUCUGUUGUCACCAUAUGUGGAAACCUACUCGUAAUAAUCUCCAUCAUUUACUUCAAACAGCUCCACACUCCUACUAACUACCUGAUUCUCUCUCUUGCUGUGGCUGAUCUGCUUGUGGGAGUUUUAGUUUUUCCUUUCAGCAUGGCGUUCACUGUAACCUCAUGCUGGUAUCAUGAAGAUAUAUUUUAUAGAUAUUACGCGGUGUGUCAGCCUCUCACUUACAAAAGUAAAAUAAAUGAUCGUGUUAUCAUGAUCAUGAUCUUGGUGAGCUGGGGACUUGCUGCUCUUAUUGGCAUUGGCAUUAUAAUUGCAGGUUUUAAUCAAGGAAAAUGUGAAGAAAGUUGUUUAAUUGAUGCUCUAAUAUCAACCACUCUAGCAUGUAUUUUUUCAUUUUAUAUCCCUGUCAUUAUAAUGCUUAGUAUCUACUUAAAGAUUUUCCUUGUUGCACAAAAACAGGCAAACAGCAUCCAGAGCACAACCUGUCACAGCACCAAGUCUGGAGCAACUGUCAGUAAGAUGGAGAGAAAGGCCACAAAAACUCUAGCUACUGUUCUGGGAGUUUUUCUUUUAUGCUGGACGCCUUACUUUCUCUGUAUUGUCUUUCAGCCUUUAACAUACAGUAUAACACCAAUUGCUGUAAUUGAGACUCUUAACUGGCUUACACUGUCAAAUUCAAUGCUGAAUCCAUUUAUCUAUGCUUUCUUUUACAGCUGGUUCAGAUCUGCUUUCAGAAUGAUCAUUUCUGGGAAAAUAUUCCAUGGAGAUUUUGCUAACUCAAAACUCCUUUGA